CUAGGUAAAAUUCCUUAAUUGAGAAAGGUAUAUGAAAGCAAAUAUAUUUGCAUAGGAACCCCAUAACCCCAGAAAUAAUCCUCUGGUGUCUGCAUGUUACUAUCCCUAUUGUCCAUUGUGUAUGGAGCCUUGCGCUGCAACAUCCUAGCCAUCAAGAUCAAGUAUGAUGAAUACGAUGUAAAAGUGAAGCCUCUGGCCUAUGUCUGCAUCUUUCUCUGGAGGAGCUUUGAGAUUGCUACUCGAGUCAUUGUUCUGGUCCUCUUUACCUCUGUCCUCAAGGCCUGGGUGGUACUGGUAAUACUCAUCAACUUCUUCAGUUUCUUCUUAUACCCCUGGAUCCUCUUCUGGUGCAGUGGUUCCCCAUUUCCUGAAAACAUCGAGAAGGCCCUCAGUCGAGUGGGCACCACCAUCGUGCUGUGCUUCCUCACCUUACUUUAUGCCGGUAUCAACAUGUUUUGCUGGUCAGCUGUGCAGCUGAAAAUCAACAGUCCUGACCUUAUCAGCAAGUCUCAGAACUGGUACCGGCUACUGGUGUACUACAUGCUGAGAUUCAUUGAGAAUGCCUUCCUCCUCCUUAUGUGGUAUCUUUACAAGACUGAUAUCUAUAUGUAUGUGUGUGCACCUCUAUUGAUUUUGAAGUUGCUCAUUGGGUACUGCACAGCCAUUCUAUUCAUGCUGGUAUUCUAUCAGUUCUUCCACCCUUGCAAAAAGCUCUUUUCCUCCAGUGUUUCUGAAAGCUUUCAGCAGUGGCUAAGAUGUAUUUGCUGUCACUGCCAGUGGCAGAAAUCCUUAGAUUCUGUAGGAAAGAUAGAUGUAAGGUCAUCCGGAGACAGAGAUGAGACACCUUCUAGUAGUAAAGUAAGUUCUAUGCCUAGCCAGAUCUUGAAUGCUGAUGAUCUCUACUCUGCUUAAUAGGACCUGAGUCUCUUGAGCCAAAGACAUUGUUUUUUGUGUUGAUUACUGUUCUUCAUAGAAGUGAUGAGCCCUGCACAGUUAACAAAACAGGAAGUUAACUCUCACAUCCUUGUGAGUUGCUCCCAUUUAGAGAACCCUUGAGUGUGUGAGAACUAUGAAGAGAAGUUAGGGAAACUUCUGAGUGUUAGAGGAACAGUCUAGGGCACCACCAUUCACAGACAACCAUGUUCACCCAGGCAUUACUGUGUGUGUGUGUUUUUUAUUUUUUUCACUGACAAAGUACCCAUGAUAUCUGAGUUGAGCUGGUUAGACAUGAUAUCUGAGUUGAGCUGGUUAGAUUUAUCAGGUAUAAAGAGGGGCUUUCUUAUUUUCUAGUUUUCUGGACUUUAGUCUGUGUAGCCUAAUGUUUUAUUAUUCUUGAGCAUAGUUUUCAUCCAAGAGCUUGGCUUGAUGAUCAUAUAAAGUUACUGGGUUUUGCCAUUGGUAACGUCAUUACUGUCAGAGAUUUCAGAGAAGGCUGUUCAAGUUUCAUUUUUGAAUAGAUUAGUGUUUCAUUUUCAUUUCAUUGGGACUCUUUAUGUAACCAACUGUAGCCACCUUAGACUGCUAUCUCUAAUUGAUUUAAAAGUCUAGAUUGGGAGACUUUAUACCCAAAGAUCCAUGGAUACAACAUUGAGUUCUAAAUUUCAUUAUGGAAGCCCUAGACUUUUAGGAAAGUUAUGUAUUCCUUCAAUAUAUUGAAGUUCUGGAACAAGAGGGUUGUUAAAACAUCAAAAUGAUGUAGGCUUUUGUAAGCAGAAUUCUUAACUUCUUGGGAAGGUUGAAGAUGUGAAUCAGAAAGAAGGUAGGCUUAAACCUCUUCAAGGUUUAGUCCUAUCCUACAAUUCUGUGGAAUUCCUAGUAGGAUUUGCAAGGAUUUGCCUUCUUAAGAAAGAAGAAAAUAAAACUCAUAGUCUUUACUCCACUUCUUCCUUGCCUGUUAAGAAAGUUGAAGACAAGAGUUACUUUGGUUAAGUUAAAAAAAAAAAAGUUACUUCGGUUAAGUUUUUUCUAGAAAACUCUACAGAAAUUUUUCAUCUAGCACAGAUAUAUAGGACAUUUCAUUUUUUAUUAGUUGAAGCAAAAAGGUGUUUUUUUUCCCUUCCCACCAAGUUAGAUUUUGACUUCAGAAACUUAAAUUAUAGAAAGUGAUUAAAUGACCAUAAGAUACUUGUCUUUAACAUUUUGAUUUGGUGUUAUUAUUAUUUAAUUUAUAUAAGAUCUCCUAUUUUAUCCUUCUAUUCUCUCCUAUCUUCAGUAUAAUUUCUGAAUCCUAUUUGCUUCAUAAAAGGAUUGUGUAGGAUAUCCUCAGUUGUCUUGGGAAAAUGCCUGGAUUGAAUGCCAUUAUUUCCACCAAAAGAACCUUGAUAAUGGAAUACCUAGAAGCAGGUAGCCUGUCAUUACGUAGGCUGGACAUUAUGGGUCAGUCAGGGUUGACAGUCUAAAUACUUGGCUGUACUUUCUUACCCAUCUAGAUUCUAACGGCAAGACUGUGAAGGGACAAAUUAAAAAUGGUUAGUUUGAGCAGGAGUAGUUGUCAGAAUUAGACAGGGAUUGAAAAACUGGUACUUCCCAGCCUUGGUUUGGAAGCUUGUCUUGAAGUACAUUUUAAUGUAGAAAAUAGGUAAGCAUUUUGAGUGACCUCAAAUCAAACUAAGAGUGAUGGCCUAUCACAUUUCCAAAGCCCAAUUAUAAGCCACUUUAUAAGGGUAACUAAAUUGGAAAUUUUGUCAUCUUUAAACCUUAAUAUACAGAUACCCUUGCUUUGCGGCCAUGUGUGUCCAUUCAUUUUGGGGGAGGAAAACCACUAAUUUUUUUCUGCAUGGUGAAAAUUUGUCAUGGUGAACUGAAAUGGUAAAAUUAUAGUUCUUACUGCAGAUCUAGGUUGACCUAAAGACAAAUGAACCUGCAAAUUCCCUCAUAUGUUGAGUUAAAAUGUGGUUUUUAGUUAGAAUUUCAAUUUUAAAAACUCAAUGCUUUGUCUAAUUAAUUAUAUGCCACAACUUGUCAUGACAGCUGCUCCAAUUAAAUUACUAUAAUUUUGAUGGUUAGAAGUGAAAUAUUUCCUCAAAAUAUAUUGAAAUAAGAUCAGCAAACAUAUUUAGACUUUCUUCAUUACUGGAGACUGUGCAGUAUAGAGAUUGCCAUCUACUUGUUAAGCCCUACAACUGCUUUAUGCCUCAGUUUCCUUACCUACCAAAUUUGGAUGAUAUGCUUGCCCAGCCUACCUCACAAGGUUAAUGGAAAGAUCAAAUUAAAUUAUAGGUGUGAAAAUAUUUUUAAAGUGCCAUGUAUAUUGAAGGAGUUUUUAUUAUAGUUAUUCAAAUCCAUAAACAGGUUAUUAUUAUUUUUUUACUGUUAGAAAAGAAACAACAUUAUCUGCAUGAGUGUCUCUAGUGAAUAUGUUAGCAUUUGCCCUUAUGAAAGGGCAAGAGUGUAAAUUGCCUUUACUUUUGGAGAAAACUCAGCCUUGCCCAUCUCUUACCAUUAGUUACUUACAAAAAUUGUCACCCAAACACAUAGUUCAUGGAGGGAAAAGACCCACUGCAAUCUGAGAAAUUGUUUUUGAUGGCAUCUUGCAUAAGGGACAUAACAGUACCUUUUGGUAAUUUAUAACUUGAGUGCUUGAAUGUGGGUUUAAUCUUUUCAGCAUUGUAAAUGGGAAAAUGCUGCAUUUCCUUUAAAACCACCUUGGAAAAUUAGUGCUAAUGUUACGUGCGAAUGUGUCAGUACUUCUCAGCCAGUAAAUUGUGGAUGUGAAUUUUAUAGGCUGCUUCUCUGCAGCCAUUGAUGCUAAUAAAUGUUGUUAAUGUUUCUUCAUUUAAUAAAUUACUUUUGCAAUUUC